CAUUUUCGAACAAAUUGCAUUGGAUAACCCUCAAAUAGCGAGGAAUUCUCAGUGACGCCAAACCUGCAGCUAGAUGAAGCUAUGGCAGGAGCUGUCGGGGGAAAUGAUUUGCAGUGGUGUUUCUCACAAGUGAAAGGAGCAAUAGAUGAAGACGUUGCUGAAGCUGACAUCAUCUCAACGGUUGAAUUUAAUUACUCUGGAGAACUGCUGGCCACAGGAGACAAGGGGGGUAGAGUGGUGAUCUUCCAGAGGGAGCAAGAGUGUAAAAACCGACCACACUUAAGAGGGGAAUACAAUGUUUAUAGCACCUUCCAGAGUCAUGAACCUGAAUUUGACUAUUUGAAAAGUUUGGAAAUAGAGGAAAAAAUUAACAAAAUUAGAUGGUUACCUCAACAAAAUGCCGCACACUUUUUGCUAUCUACUAAUGAUAAAACGAUCAAACUGUGGAAGAUCAGUGAGAGAGACAAGAGGGCAGAGGGGUAUAACCUGAAGGAGGAGGACGGACGCUUGCGAGACCCCUUCAGGAUUACCUCCCUCCGGGUUCCGGUCCUGAUGCCCAUGGAUCUGAUGGUGGAGGCGAGUCCACGCAGGAUUUUUGCCAACGCUCAUACAUACCACAUUAACUCCAUCUCAGUCAACAGUGAUCACGAGACCUAUCUGUCUGCAGAUGACCUGAGAAUCAACCUGUGGCAUCUGGAGAUAACUGAUCGCAGCUUCAACAUUGUGGACAUAAAGCCGGCGAACAUGGAGGAGCUGACGGAGGUGAUCACGGCCGCUGAGUUCCACCCCCACCAGUGUAACGUGUUUGUCUACAGCAGCAGUAAAGGCACCAUCCGUCUGUGUGAUAUGAGAGCAGCUGCUCUCUGUGACAGACACACCAAAUUCUUCGAAGAACCAGAGGACCCGAGCAGUCGCUCGUUUUUUUCCGAGAUCAUCUCCUCCGUCUCCGACGUCAAGUUCAGCCACAGCGGCCGUUACAUGAUGACCCGCGACUACCUCUCCGUCAAAGUUUGGGAUCUUAACAUGGAGAACAGGCCCGUGGAAACCUACCAGGUUCACGAGUACCUCCGCAGCAAACUCUGCUCUUUGUAUGAGAAUGACUGCAUCUUUGACAAAUUUGAAUGCUGCUGGAAUGGUAAUGACAGCGCCAUCAUGACUGGUUCGUACAAUAACUUCUUCCGCAUGUUUGACCGCAACUCUCGCCGCGACAUCACCCUGGAAGCUUCGCGCGAGAGCAGCAAAUCCCGCGCCACUCUUAAACCGCGGAAAGUCUGCACCGGCGGUAAACGCAAGAAAGACGAGAUCAGCGUGGACAGCCUGGAUUUCAACAGGAAGAUCUUACACUCCGCCUGGCAUCCCAAAGACAACAUCAUCGCCGUGGCAGCCACCAAUAACCUCUAUAUCUUCCAAGACAAGGUGAACUAAAAGGCAACGCCAGCAUCUCGACCCAGAACCUGAUGGGCUAGGGUGGGAAGCUGACUUUUAGCUGUGAUGAACCUUGUCUGCUUCUACGUCACAGGAACGGUGACGUGUCACGGUGUAGCUGAUGCUCUUCUCUGCUUGCAUCGUUGGGAGAAAGCAGUAGGCCAGUUUUUAGUUUUCUUUUUUUUUUUGUUGUUUUUUAUUUUCAGGAAAGGGUCUGUAGUGUUGAACGGUUAAAGGUCUUGGAUCAGAGUCCUUCAAGUUUAUUUUAGUGCUGGUCCUGAUAGACCGCAGUGGAGAAGUCAGGCUCAGUGAGAAAGAGUUUGUAUUUUGGAGCACAAAACCCUCGUGUCAUUUUAACACAAUCAAACUCGUGUGUCAUCAGAGGACUGACGGUUUGUCAGUUCUACCAUCAGUAGAGUGUGUCUGUGUGUGUAUGUGUGUGUGUUAUUUUGGCCUUUCAGAGGUGUGUGUGUGUGUGUGUCCGUGUUUAACUUGUUGCCUGAUCACGUUCCCUCCUAGACCUCAUACGUAGGCCCUCAGGUGAAUCACCUGGAUGAACUCAUGAUGCAUCAUGCAUAUGAAAAGUGGACUAAAUACUUUUAUCCUCCAUGACGCCUCUAUUCACCCUGUACGCAUAGAAACAAACUCACAGUCUAUAGGAUCACGCCACAAGGCGUCAUCCACUUAAAUAAAAAAAAAAAAGAACGAUUUAAAACACGUCUUUCUAAGGUAAGGGAUA